GCAUUCUUGUCCGAAAAGUGGAUUGGUGUUCGGGAUUGGUUUAUGUGUAAGAUACGGGAUGAUCUCGCAUCGUUCUCGUAAGUAACCACAGCAUAUCAUGCACGAUAAUAUCACACCUCCAUGGACAGACGUCAUCUUCCGGGCCUCUUACACCCGAUGAGCAUCCAAAGGAACAGGGCUGAGCUGCGUUAACAAGAGGGGUUAAUGCAUACUCCGCAUAUUCGGGAAUAUGAGCCUACUGACGAUCACCAACUGUGGAGAUCUGGGGUAGGUACAUAUGAACUCAAUACCGCUACAUCUCUGCCUCUCAAUUCUUAGUUCCUGUGUACUGUCCUGAAUUUCUGUCGUGUCUACCUGAACGUGUUAUAGCUGUCUUUCAAUCCCUAAAUCACCAUGUCGUUUCGUCUACCAGCGAGAACCUUAUGGCAAGCUUCGCCAAAACUCACGUCUUUACCUCCCCUCUCAACCCAAGCAGCACGAUGGUCACGCAACUACGCAGCCCCAAAAAGCGAGCAAAGUAGAACAGCAAUCGUGACAGGUUCAUCACGGGGAAUCGGCAAAGCCAUAGCCCUCCGCCUAGCUCAAGACGGCUACGAUGUCUGCAUAAACGACAUCCAAGCCAACAAAUCCGGCUGCGAUGAGGUCGUAAAAGAGAUCCAGAGCCUCGGCCGCAAAGCCUUCGCCUUCACCGCCGACGUCUCAAAGCUGAACGAAGUACAAGACCUAGUCCAAGCCUCCGUCUCCGAACUCGGGCCCCUAAACACCAUGGUCGCCAACGCCGGCAUCGCACAAGUAAAAGCCCUGCUAGAUCUAACCGAGCAAGACCUCAAGCGCAUGUUCGAGAUAAACGUGUAUGGAGUAUACAACUGCUACGCCACCGCGGCCCGACAAAUGAUCUCUCAAAACACACCCGGCAAGAUCCUAGGCGCAGCCUCCAUCGCCGCAUUCCGGCCCUUCACCAUGCUCUCACACUACAGCGCCUCAAAAUUCGCCGUACGCGGCUUCACCCAGGCCUUUGCUAUAGAAAUGGCCGAGCACAAGAUCACCGUGAAUGCAUACGCGCCGGGCAUCGUCGGCACGGCUAUGUGGGAUUUGAUCGACGAGAAGCUGGGGGAGCGGACGGGCGCGAAGAAGGGCGAUAUGAUUAAGAAGUAUACUAGUGAGAUGAUUGCGCUGGGGCGGACGAGUGUGCCUGAGGAUGUUAGUUCUACGGUGAGCUUUUUGGCGAGUAGGGAUAGUGAUUAUAUGACUGGGCAGACUAUUGUUAUUGAUGGCGGGAUUCAGUUUACGUAGGUUUUUCUCGCUUUCUGCGGGGUGUAGGGAGGGAUGGACAUCAAUAAUACCCACAAGCACUACUCGGAUUCCUAGCAUCACUCCGUACCUGCUUAUCAUCUUGGUGCAUCUGUCAUUCCAAACUGAAUUCUGCGCUCUGUCAGUACAUGUCACUCCUGCAUUUACAAAAUCCUCUCGCCCCACGAAUCCGGGAGAAAACCUUCCAUCCCUCCCCUCCGUCAGUCAAAAUCUCAGUGCAGAAAAAUCUUCCAGCAGCUACACACCUACAUCUAUAAUUAACGUGAAAGCCUCAUACUUACAGCAUUGGCAGUAUGCGCCUAACAUGC